AUAGUCGGCACAGCAAAUGCGGAAAGAGCGCUCUGUCUGUCAGUCGCUAAGAGUCAGAGAGACUACCUGCCCUUCACAGCCUUUCGUCAUUAACUUUAUAUGAGCUAAUGUCACAGUCAAUGUACUGCUGAAAAUUUCCAACUUGAGAAAAAAUAAAUAAAUAAGAGAGAGUAUAGCAGCUGCAGGAGCAGCUACACACAGUCUUAGCCUAGCCGAAGCUGAGCCGAGGAGCAGUUCAGGGUUAGGUUUGGAUAUUAAGUUUAGCUAAAGUUGAGUUUUUUGUUUUUUUUUAUAAGUAAAGGUUUACCUGUGCGUCCUAACAUGGAGUCCUUUGGAGCCGCUGGCACCGUUCUCGGAUGCUGUGCGGGCAUCGCGGUGGCUGGGCUUGUGUUUGCAGCCUACAAACUUGGCAUAGUCUACCAGUUGUUUCACAAGGCCGAGACAAAGAGCCCGCGUCAUGGUGGCGAGAGUGUGGCAGAGGUGCUCCGUGCCCACAAGGUCAAGUACGUUUUCACCCUCGUCGGUGGACACAUCUCACCCAUCCUGGUGGCUUGUGAGAAGCUGGGCAUCCGCAUUGUGGACACCAGACAUGAGGCCACCGCCGUUUUUGCUGCUGAUGCUGUGGCAAGACUCUCAGGCACCGUUGGUGUAGCAGCAGUGACUGCUGGCCCAGGCCUCACUAACACAGUGACAGCAGUGAAGAAUGCUCAGAUGGCUGAAUCGCCAUUGCUGCUCAUAGGAGGAGCCGCUGGUACACUACUUCAGGGCAGAGGGGCGCUACAAGACAUCGACCAGAUGUCUCUCUUCAAGCCUCUGUGUAAGUUCUGUGCCUCCAUCAGGACAAUCAGGGAGAUCGUGCCUACAGUCAGGAAAGCCAUGGCCAUCGCCCAGUCGGGAACUCCUGGUCCUGUUUUCAUAGAGUUCCCUAUUGACACGCUUUAUCCCUAUCAUCUCGUGUCCAAAGAAUUUGGAGUGAAGAAUCCUCCCAAAGGCCUGAUGGGAAAAGUUGUCUCAUGGUACCUCAAUAACCACCUCAUGAACCUGUUUGCCGGUGCAUGGGAAACCAGAGAUGUGUCUCCGCUUCCUGUCGACAUCCCACAAGCUACAGACGAUCAGGUACAAAAGUGCAUAGAGCUGGUGAGUCGAGCCAAGAAACCUGUUAUUCUGCUAGGUAGCCAAGCAACACUUCCCCCAACACCAGUCGAUGAUAUCAGGAAGGCAUUGGAGGACCUCGGCAUCCCCUGCUUCCUUGGGGGCAUGUCCCGUGGCAUGCUGGGUAAAGACAGUCCCAUUCACAUCAGACAGAACAGGCGUGAUGCUCUGAAGGAGGCAGACUUGGUGCUCUUAGCAGGCACUGUGUGUGACUUCAGGCUGAGCUACGGCAGAGUUCUUAACAGACGCAGUAAGAUCAUCGCUGUCAACAGAGAUGAGACACAGCUGCUGAAAAACUCAGAUAUGUUCUGGAAACCAACUAUAGCAAUUCAGGGUGACGCUGGGUCAUUCUUAGUGCGACUUUCCAAAGGCCUGAAGGGCCAUCAUUGUCCAGAGGAAUGGCCUCAGAGCCUCAAAGCAGGAGACGUGACCAAAGAAAAUACAAACAGGGCUAAAGCUGAUGAGAAGACCGCACACCACUUAAAUCCCUUGAAAGUCCUCCACCGUGUGGAUGAGCUGAUGUCAGAGGACAGCAUCAUCGUUGCCGAUGGGGGUGAUUUUGUUGGAAGUGCUGCUUACAUAAUGAGACCAAGAGGACCUAUGCGGUGGUUGGAUCCAGGUGCCUUUGGGACUCUGGGAGUUGGAGGAGGAUUUGCCCUUGGGGCAAAACUGUGCCGGCCUGAAUCUGAGGUGUGGGUAGUGUACGGUGACGGAUCCUUAGGAUACAGUGUGGCAGAGUUUGACACAUUCACUAGACAUAAGACACCGGUUAUAGCUGUGGUGGGAAAUGAUGCAUGCUGGAGUCAGAUAUCCAGAGAGCAGGUCCCCAUACUCGGCAGCAACGUGGCGUGUGGCCUCGCGUUUACAGAUUAUCAUAUAGUGGCAGAUGGAUAUGGUGGUAAGGGAUACCUCAUAGGGCGCGAUGAUGAGGACAGGCUAAGCGACAUCAUCAGACAGGCUCAAAAGGAGACCCAGGAGGGCAAGGCUGUACUGCUCAAUGUUCUGAUAGGGAAGACCAACUUUAGAGAGGGCUCUAUCUCUGUAUAGAGCAGUCCUGAUCUCUCAGUGCAAUCCUCUUCCUUUACCCCUUGGCUCUUCUUAGACUUUACUAUCAGGCUCUAUGAAGGGUUUCAGAGAAUUAAAAGAUACUGUGCAAAGCUCACUCCCAACCAGACCUAUGCUAAUCCUUUGUGCCCUUAAAGCCAUAUUUUGCUUUGUUGACGAGAAAUGACUUCACGGUAUGCUGAUCUCUUUAAGAGUUUGUGAACCGUCAGUUGCAAUAUACUUCAUCAUCGUCAAGAGUCCUGCCAGUAACACAUCUGCAGACACCACAUCUACAGGACUCACUGUUGUUAUUAUUAUUAGCAUUCACGGCCACUUAAUUUGUCACCAUAUAUUUAUUUUUAAGUUCUUUUUUAGUAAAAUACAACAACUUCAGCUCUGCCAGCCUUGAUACUAAAGCUUCUGUUGUGCAUCACGCUUCAUGUUCAUGUUUUGCUAUUUCACCUAAUGCUGCAUUUUAAGAAGGGAAAGAGUGAAAAGCUUUGUUUAGGGACCUCUUCAGGAACUUCGGGUUCGAUUUUUUUGACCCUCAAAAAGCCCAUUAAUGUGUUUAUUUCUUGCAAAUAAAGCAGAGAAUGAAAACCAUGUGUAGGAUAGAGAAUUGGUUUCAGUUAAUGAUGUGACCAGUAUGCCUUUUCUCCUGUUAUAAACAUGGAGCCUUUUUAUGAGGAUACACAAUAUCUUAACAGCUGUAAUAUUCUUCAUCGGUGGAUGAUUUGGGAUGAAAAUAUGUUGAAUGAAAAAUAUUUUUUUGAAUGUCGAAGACUAACAAAUGAUAUGCCUUUUAAUGUUUGACUGUCUUCGAAUACAUGUAUGUAUAAGUUGAAAAUAUGUCUGCUGAUUUAGUUUAUACUAACUUGUAUGCAUUAAUGUGGGCUCUCAUUGAAAAUAUGCCUAUACGCAAUAUGGAUUGCACUAAAAUGAUAACUUAUUUACUCACCAGGUGUGGAUCAUCUCACUCUAAUAUAUAUUGAUGUUUUAUUUGGUACCUUGCGGGAGAUAUCUCAAACUUUUGAUCAUUAGGUGUUAAUUUGGAUAGAUUCUCAAAUAAAUUGAAGAAAAGAAA